UCACAAAGCAACAGUCGCACCUUUUUCAGACUGCAGAGAGACUUCCACACACUCGCGGUGUCGCCUGCUGAAUCAAUUUUCUUUUUUCUUUUUGCAUGUCAUCAUGCGUUGGACUAUAGCUGGAUGCUGUGGGUUUGUGUUGAUAAGUCUAUCAGUCGCUCUGCAGAUCAGCCAGAAACCCAGGUUCUAUGGAUUAAGACCAGGUGUCAAUGUGCCUGUUUACUGCACGUUCUCAGAUCCAACGCCGAAAAUCCCCGUGAAGUGGUUCAAGGCUGAACACUUUGACGCAAACAGGGAAGAGAUUGGCCAAAAUGAGAGGAUUCGGUUUUGGAAACGAUCUAUGGUUGAGAAUUCAUUGCUUAACAUCAAAGCAAUUACUUUAGAGGACGGCGGAGUGUACUUCUGCUCAAUGAAUGGCACUUGGGGACCUGGAACUGAAAUACAAGUAGCCAGACCCUUUGAUCUUACCAAAGCCCAGUACAGAACCCAGAUGAAGGACGGCCUAAUUGUACUGCAGGGCCUGCUGCUGGCUGUUUGUAUCGCUGCUUUUCUGUUACGUAAACAAAAACUGGUGAAAGAUAAUGACAGCCUAUAUGAAGAACCUGAAACCGACCACAUCUAUGAGGGCUUGGCCAUCGAGACAUGCGGAGAAGGUCUGUAUGAAGAUCUCACUGCGUACGCUCGGGCUGAAGGAGCCGAGGCCCCGUGGGAGUGAGCCUGACACCUCGUUGAGACACGUCUAUCAGUUGUGCAGUGACACCAGCGGGCGGAGUCCUUGUUGGCCCCCGUUCGGCUGUCAAUAUAUCUGUUUUACCCACAAUGGUGCAAUUUUUGUUAGUUGCUAAAGCAGUUCAUUGCUACAUUUUCCAGCUUUUGGCUCACAAAAUAAAAGCAGCUGACGGCUGUGACCCAACGUUUGCUGCAGGACGUAAACAUCACCGAUAAACAAAUUAAAAGGGACAUAAAGGCAAUUCAAACGACAACAAAGAACCACCGGUGGUGCAUGCUGCAUCAAUGCAUAAAUGGUUCCCCCUCUGUGUUUUUUUU